AUGUUACCAUCAUCGGAUGAAUCAGAUGUUCAAUUUCAACUUUAUUUUCUCGAUUGUGACUCAGAUUCUAUUAUUCGUUUAUCAAAUGAUAAAUCAAUUAUGAAUCAUUUAUUUCGUUCAGCAACAAAUAAAGUUCAUAAAUUUGAAAAAAUAUAUCAAAGAAAAGAAUCAAAUCGUGUCACCGAUAUUGAUCAACUUUCUUUAUCAUACAAUCCUACUUCAUUUUCAUCAAAAACUACCACAAGACAUCCAUCAAUAGAAAUUACAAAAAAUGAAAAUUCUAAAAUAUCAAUACCAAUUAUUAAAUCUGAAUCCAGUACUCAAUCACCAUCAUUGAUUGAAGUUAAAACCGACACAAAAGUUCUUAUCCCUAAAGCACCACCAUUACCAAAUUCAUUCGAUUUAGCAAUUAAAUCACAAUCAAAGUCAUUGAAAACAGCACUUAUCUCACCCAAUCAAGAGACUUUAUGGUCAAAAUCGACGUCAUUUUUACCGGUCGGUCGUUCAAUGGAAUCAACCAAAUUCGAUCCAGCCAAAGAUGAUGGAUAUGCAAUUACAAUGCUUGAUUGUGAUCAAAAUUCGGACAAAGAAAUAUUUUAUGAUCCUAUAAAUUCUGAUUCAAUUUUUAAUUUCGGAUCUGUUGAAAUAGCAGAUUUCAUGACUAAUAUUCAAGAACAACCUACAUUUGAUUUUGAUCUAUCACCAGCAUCACCACCCAUGAAAAAACCUCGAAAAAAAAAGCAAAAUCGAAUACUAUCAAAUUUACCACAUAUAGAUGUACGUGAAUGGUUUGUCACGGAUGAGACCAGUGGCAGAUCACGUAGACCAUUAUUGCAUGAAUUUCUUCGACAAUUACUGAACAAUAAAAAUUACUCUCAUAUUGCUACAUAUAUUGAUAGAAGCAAAGGCAUUUUUAGAUUUUAUCAAAAAAAUACUGCUGCUGAACUAUGGCAACGCGUCAAAGGUCGAAAUUCCGAUUCAGUUAUGACUUAUGAGAAAUUAGCGCGUGCUAUUCGUUAUUAUUACAGCAGUGGAAUAAUACAUCCAACUCCAGGACGUUUUACAUUUCAAUUUGGUAUUAUAUUGGCAUUUAAUAAACGUAGUCCUAUUGAAAUAGCUGAAGCAAUAAAAACCUUUAAUUUGGAAUUGAUUUCAGUUGAACUCAUUCAACAUUUAAUUCAAUAUAUACCUAAUGAUACCGAGAUCGAUGCUUUUCGUCAUUUGUCUAUUGAUAAAGAACAAUUAUCUCCAGCAGAUCGACUUAUGUAUGAGAUUAUUCAAAUACCAUUGUAUAUGGAACGAUUAAAUACAAUAAAAUUUAAAUUAAUCUUUGCUGAUAAUUAUCAUUUAUUAAAUGAUCAAAUGCAUGUCAUUAAUGAAGCUUGUAGUUUUUUAUAUCAAUCAAAUCAUAUUAAAAAAUUACUUGAAAUCAUACUUUCUAUAGUUAAUCAUUUAAAUCCAACAAUAAUACAUCAAGUUCUUACACUUGAUGAUUUAUCAAAAAUAUAUGAUUUAAAAACAUCAAAAACACAUAUACCAAUUAUGAAUAUUGUUUCAGAAAUAUGUAAUGAUCGUCAUUCAGAAAUAUUUGAUAUUAAAGAAAAUUAUAAAUCAAUUUUAUCUGCAAGCAAAAUUGACUUAACUUUAAUUAAAUCUGAAAUCGAACAAAUGAAACAAGAAUUUGAACAAAUUGAAUUAUGGAUAAAUAAAUUCGAAGGAAACAUCCAAAUUCAAAAAUUUCUUCAUGAUUGUCAACACAAAUUACAUGAAAUAAUUCAAUAUUAUGAAAUAACAAAUGAUCAAUUUCAUAAAACUGUUUCUUAUUUUACAAAAGAAAUAACAACAUCAACUAGAUUUUUUUCAAUUUUUGCCAAUUUAAUUCAUUCAUUAAAGAUCAAACAUCCAACAUUAUAA